AUGACUCACGCCCACUUACAAACAACCUCUCUCUCUCCGCACGCUCCCAGCCACUCGUGCCUCCAACGCCGCUCCACCCACAGCGUUCAGUGCGGAGAACACACGCAGACAGAUUCACCCAACACACACACACAGACAGACACACACACAGACAGAUUCACCCAACACACACACAGACAGACACACACACAGACAGAUUCACCCAGAACACACACACAGACAGACACACACACAGACAGAUUCACCCAACACACACACAGACAGACACACACACAGACAGAUUCACCCAGAACACACACACAGACAGACACACACACAGACAGAUUCACCCAACACACACACAGACAGACACACACACAGACAGAUUCACCCAGAACACACACACAGACAGACACACACACAGACAGAUUCACCCAGAACACACACACACAGACAGACACACACGCAGACAGAUUCACCCAACAUAUACACACAGACAGAUUCACCCAACACACACACAGACAGACACACACACAGACAGAUUCACCCAACACACACACACAGACAGACACACACACAGACAGAUUCACCCAACACACACACACACAGACAGACAGACACGCAGACAGAUUCACCCAACACACACACACAGACAGACACACACACAGACAGAUUCACCCAACACACACACACACAGACAGACACACACGCAGACAGAUUCACCCAACAUAUACACACACACAGAUUCACCCAACACACACACACAGACACACACACAGACAGAUUCACCCAACACACACACACAGACAGACACACACACAGACAGAUUCACCCAACACACACACACAGACAGACACACACACAGACACAUUCACCCAGAACACACACACACACAGACUCACACAGACAGAUUCACCCAACACACACACACAGACACACACACACAGAUUCACCCAACACACACACACAGACACACACACACACACAGACAGAUUCACCCAACACACACACAGACAGACACACACACAGACAGAUUCACCCAACACACACACAGACAGAACACACACAGACAGAUUCACCCAACACACACACACAGACAGACAGACACGCAGACAGAUUCACCCAACACACACACACAGACAGACACACACACAGACAGAUUCACCCAACACACACACACACAGACAGACACACACGCAGACAGAUUCACCCAACAUAUACACACACACACAGAUUCACCCAACACACACACACACAGACACACACACAGACAGAUUCACCCAACACACACACACAGACAGACACACACACAGACAGAUUCACCCAACACACACACACAGACAGACACACACACAGACACAUUCACCCAGAACACACACACACACACAGACUCACACAGACAGAUUCACCCAACACACACACACAGACACACACACACAGAUUCACCCAACACACACACACACAGACACACACACACACACAGACAGAUUCACCCAACACACACACACACACACAGACAGAUUCACCCAGAAUACACACACACACAGACUCACUCAGAACACACACACACAGACUCACCCAGCACACUAACACACAGACACUCACCCAACACACACACAGACAGAUUCACCCAACACACACACACAGACACACACACAGACAGAUUCACCCAGCACACACACACAGACUCAGAGACUCACCCCGCACACACACACACAUAGACAGAUUCACCACACACUCACCCCGCACACACACACUCACCAAGCACACACAUAGGCGAGUACUACUGCUACUACUGCCACCAGCACUACUGUUAUUGCUGCAGUGCUCCCACGUCUCUCGUACGCGCGAGUCGCCGUGAGACCCCGGGGUCGUCACGCUCGGCAGGGGCACACCGAGGUGGGGGAGAG